AUGCCGAAAGCACCCUCUAAUCCACGUUUGCACUCAAAGGAUGAGUAUCAUUUCAAUUUUGGGCGGAACAAAGGCAUGAGUAUCAGAAGUAUCUUAUGGCUAUGUUGUGGACCUUUGUAUUCGGGAAGGUGUAGACAAGACACGCCCCGACCUCCGUCGAGCGCGCAAUCUAGUUCCACCUAUGCUCACCUUCUGCAAGAACCGCGUCCCCGGUCACUGAAGGAGCGUAGGCAGGAUGUUAAAGAUACUCUUCCGGAACCAGUCUGGGAGGAGUGCCUGGUUGCGUUACGUCGAGCAGUGCAGUGCCAGUCAGUAGCGAUUCUGUCAUCGGAAGAAGAAGUACAGAUUUUGGAAAGCAUUCUUACCAGUGAUCUCAAUGGCACGUAUGCCAAGAGGCCAGCAGAUAUGAGUCUUUUGAAUGACCCUUCGUCGGUGUCGAUGACAGCGCUCAGGAAUCUCUUGAACGAAGUGGAAGAUGUUUCCACGCUGCAGACUCCAAAAGAUGAGGAGGAGGAGAAAGAAGAAGAAGAGGGACUGGAAGCCGAUGGAAAUCAGGACGAUUUGUGGUGGGUGACUUACGAUGCAGACGGUGAAGCCUGGGAUUGGUCGGACGCAUUCAGACAGAAGAUUUCGUCAGUAGCCAAAGAGGUCCAGAAGGAGCAUGGAAAUGUUGGACUGCGUGUUGCACGAUGGGCAGUGCGAGGCAAGUAUGCUCAAACAGUGUGUGGAAUCACAUAUGGAAGAGGGUAUACGAUGCGAUGCGAGUGGUAUGAUGGAUCGAUGGAAUGGCUUAUUGAUGCAUGCCUGCUGGAAGGUCGUCGCCUGGAGCCAGGCAUGAUGUUCGCUGAUUAA